GUCAGCCAGCCCCUACCGGUUACUUCUACCCGUGACGCACCCCACGCCCUGCAGGUGAUCAACACUACCUGUCCACUUCUAUGAUGCUAUUCGCACAGGCUGAACACCGGCCCGGUACCCUGAGCAGUGUCGGCGACCAGACCCAAUAGUGACGGUGGAAAGCACCGCUGUUAUCGCGCGGGGCCCACCAUAGGGUCUGGGCGGGUCCUACCCGAGUCAAUCAUAAUUAUGCCUGCCCUCCAGCCCUUGGCAGAGCUAUCGGCGGGGGGCUUAUAAGGGAACGCAGAGGCCGGGGCAAAAAGUGAAGCAUCGCCCGAGUCAAUCACCCCACGUUGAAUUUCUGCUCCGCCCCCCCGCACAACGACACCUUUCCCACGGGGAAAACCCAGCACACAAAAUGCCUACCGUCAUCUUGGGAGGCGGCAUCAUGGGCGCCUCCACCGCCUUCUAUCUGAGCCAAACGCAGCCCGCCGAGGAGAUUCACAUUGUCGAGUCCGCUGCGCAGCUGUUCAGCGCUGCGUCCGGCUACGGAGCCGGUUUCCUGGCUAGGGACUGGUUUGCCCCCGCUUUGGCGCCCCUCGGGGCGUUGUCGUUCGACCUUCAUGAGUCGCUGGCUGCGGAGUAUGGUGGCGCGAGGCAAUGGGGGUACAUGAAGGGGACUGCGAUGAGCUUGGCUUCUAGUGACGCGAGCAAGAAAGGUGGCGCUCGGGGUGACGACUGGCUGCGCGCUGGGACGAGUCGGGCUGAGACGUCGGCUGGGUCGACCGGACCGGUGCGCAUUGAGCAGCCGGGGUGGUUGACGAAGCAGAAGGGGAUGGUGGCGGAGAAGAUCAGCGAUGAGGGGACUGUUGCUCAGGUUGAUCCUUUGCGACUGUGCCGGUUUCUGCUGGCUGCGGCGACGGCUCGCGGAGUGAAGCUCCACCAGCCGGCAAAGGCUACGUCUGUGGUUACGGAGAAUGGUACCAUCAGUGGUGUUAAGAUCGCUGGCCUUGAAUCACAGACCGAGUAUACCAUCCCGUGCACCAACCUGGUUGUUUGCGCUGGGUCGUGGACACCGCGUGUUUUCGAAGAAUUGUUCCCCUCCUCUCGCGUCUCUAUCUCGAUCAACCCUCUCGCAGGAUACUCCCUUGUUAUUCGCUCCCCACGUUACAAUCUGGAACACGAGCGAAAGCUACACGGCGGCCGCAGCCACGCCGUGUUCACUACCCACCCCGAGACCUGCGGCUUCAGCCCGGAGAUGUUUUCGCGAGAGGGCGGAGAGAUCUACAUCGCCGGACUGAACAGCACUCAGAUUCCGCUGCCCGAGCGUGCAGAGGGCACGGCGGAAUACUUUGACCCGAAGGAGAUGGAGCGGCUGAAGAAGGUCGCAGUCCGUCUGAUGGGCAAGUUGGCGCAGGGUAGUGAUGCUGCCGAUGACCAGACGCCGACCAUCAACGACCUGGAGGUUAUCCGCGAGGGCUUGUGUUUCCGCCCGGCUGCCGCGCGAGGUGUCCCUGUUGUUGCCCGCGUCGAGGACCGCCUGCUGGGCGGAGUGAAGACUGGGCCGCAGGGCGGCGUCUUCAUCGCCACGGGUCAUGGCCCGUGGGGUAUCUCGUUGUCUUUGGGAACCGGUAAAGUGGUGGCUGAUAUGGUGGCGGGAGGUCAGCCGACGGCUGACCUGCGGGGGCUGAAUGUGGAGAGUGAGCUUUCGCGACUAUAAGAGCAGAAUGCAU